AUGGAAUUGACGCGUAGUGGUAUGAAGAAUUCAGCACCUGGACGUCUUCAAGCGGUGAAUGGAGAGUUGUACUAUUCUCCGAACUGCAGCAGGGCGCUUGACAUUCAAGAAGACCCAUACCUCCACCAGGAUGUAAACCCAUUUCAGCCGACAAGACGCCGAGAACUCCAUCGACCGACCGCCCCGUCUUCUUCCAACCCUGCUCAAUUGUCCUCAGGGGAGAAGUUCAAACCACUUUACCCGAGGUUUCAAGACAUUUCCACCCCCCGUUUAUGGACUCUCGCGUUUGGAUGGAUGGCGUUCGUUCCGUUGCGUUACUCGGACCCUGGAUUCCCCUUCAAUCGACUCAAGCGCAUCCCCCAUCCCCUAAGCCUUGGUUCUGAGGGGGAUUUGGUGUACCGUAUGCCCGAUACCUUCAUCCACAGCUGGUCCAGGCUGGAGGCUGAACUAUUCGGCGCUGUCACGAAACUCAAGUCAAAAUUCACGGCACCCUUGGUCCUCCCGUUUCUGCCGUGGGCUCACGGGUACCAGAAAACGUUCAGAAAUCGGAGGAGCUAUGAUCGGGCUGUUGCAUUGUCGAGGGAUUGGUUUUCGGUUUGGUGGGGGGCGCUGUCUUUCCUGAUUGCGUAUGGCGAAUCGAAACGAGACGCUUUCACUCUCAGCAGCCAUGUCCCAGAGUGGCACACCGAAUUGGAAUCCGAGGUCGAAAUGGCAUGGAUUGACGGCGUUUUUCGUUCGUCUUUGAGCGAUUUCUCCUACAACGCAGACCGAAUCGGGUGUAUCGUGGACAUUGUUAACCCACCGGGGGACCAACCAACUGUUGCAUGGCUCGUGAAUCAUGGGAUACCAGUGUGGUACCGAUGGGGUCCUGCGGAAAUGGCCUCAGCUGAUCGUUCCCUGGCCCCUCCUCCUGAAUUGCUUACAGGAAGACCUGAACAGCCGCUGUCUCCUGGGGUGCAGACCUCGACUGCGUCUUCGCCCACCACAAGACUUCAUGAGAUUACGAGUCACGAUGAAAGACCAACAGGAAAACUUGAACGACCGCUGCCUCUCGGAAACCAGACCUCGAUUUCCUCACCGCCGACAACGACACGCUACGAAAGUUCCAAGCCCGAGCCAGCCUGGGUGGCUCACUUCAAACGCCACGAACACUUACAUGCGCGAAUCAUGGAAAAAGAAACGGCAACACAGCGUCAGUCCCGUGAAGAUAGAGCAGCCAACCCGCCGGUUUCUAACGUGCGGGUGUACGAAUGGUAUCCUUCCGAGCGAGAUCCAAACGUAUACGAGCGAGUCGCUGCUGGAGUAAAGAACUCGAGAGACACCCUUGCACUUUACAGUGCCCGUCAGAAAGUAUUUGAUGCAUUUUGCAGAGAAUGGGAUUGUUGCGAAUACUUUGGCAAGGGUGACGAAGAGAUCGACCUGGAUGAGUGGGGUCCGGAGGACUUGGACCUCCCAUUACCGGAAUCGCUGAGGCAAAGAAUAACCAAAGCCUACAGUGCAUACGUCGACGACGAGGAUGAAGAGGAGGUGGGUGCAGUGAUGGAGGAGUUUCCUCUUUCACCUUCGUUGGCGGUGGGACAGGGGGGAGGGAAUCCGUCAAGAUCCGUCUUUGAGCCACUCAAUCUAGCAGAGCAAUCAAUGGCCAUUAACACGACGCUUGUUGAAGACGAGGAGGGCAUGUUCACAGUAUCGACGAGUUGGUUGGCAGCUUGUUUGGAAGACGAGGUCAAUAAAACGUUGGGGCUUCACUAUGGAUUCGUCCCUCCAUUGCCCUCCGUCUCUAUCGCUGCGGACGACGGGCCUAGGGUUCGAAGGGACUUCUAUCGCCUGCUUGGACUCUGUGACGACGAAGAACAGCCGGAAGAGUACUUCGCGUCGACCCAUUAUCGAUCAGCGCUUCAAUUUAUCCACUCCCACUCGAAUCGGCAGACUCCUCACCCUGGUUCUUGGGACCUCAAGGACGAUGUCAUACAUCCUCUGAAGCACCGCUCUCGCCUUCGUUGCCUCCGCAUUGUCUCGAUACCGCAGUGGACAAACGUAGACAUUGUUGACGAGGGCCUGUCCGACUGCGUCCCCCGUUACUAUUAUUUCGAGCCCCCAGAGACAAGCAAGGUUUGGGAGGCUGGCCGUGCUCAGUGGAGUGGAUGCGCUGUUCGUGUGUCGUCUGGCUGA